AAAGCUAAUGGCCGCCCGUCUCUAAUUUCGAAACAGCUGAUGUGCGUCUUUUAAUUUUUCUCAGAGAAUUCGUGCCGUUUAUAAAUUGUGUUAAAUUAAAUAGAUGAUACGGUACUCGGUUUAUUAUUUUGUGUUGAAAUCAGGAUGUCACUGACCAUACAGCAAAUCAUUUUGGAUGCAAAAAGACUCGCAGGGCGCCUCAAAGAAAGAGAAACUGAAGCGGAUGCUCUACUAACUGAAACUCAAACUGCUUACAGACAGAUCCACACCAUGAAACAGUACAAAGAAGAAGUGGACUCACUAAAUGAAGCUUCCAGAGAAAGGCCAAGGGGCGCAUUGAUUGCAAGCAUAGAAAGAGAGUCACGGUUGAUGCGGGACGUUCAACGUGAGAAUGGCGAGUUGCGGGCAGCUCUGGAAGAUCACAGACGAGCACUGGAGUUGAUAAUGUCCAAAUACCGUCAACACACAGAAAAGAGAAUAUGGGAGUCGAGGAUAGACUUCACUGCUGCUGUCAAUGAAAAACAACAAGAGUUGAUCCGUCAGCAAGCUGAGAGGAUCAAUGAGAUGACAAGCAUCAUGUACAAAGCUGUUAACAUGGAUGAGAAUGGUGACACCAGAAAAGAGGAAGAACUUUAUCAACGGCUUAUCACUGAAAAUAAGGGUUUGAGGGAGAUGUUGGAUUUGUCAAGGCGGUAUGGAUCAGACAGGGCAUGCGCGGCCCCCACUGAGGACAAGGAUGUGCAGACCGACGGGCCGCCGCUGACGGGCGCGUGACGGCCCGCGGUGGAGCCCUGCCGCCUCUGAACGCGCCGCCCUGCCGGCCUCCGCGCCGACGACACAUAUAGGUAGACUACACUUCACCUGUCCGCACACUUGAAACUCAUCUUCUCACUCUGAUCCACUCGUAUAACCCGGACGGAGCUUCUCAGGUGUGCCGGAGAGGUGGGAUGCAGACGAGUCACCGUUCCAGUAUACAAACUUUACCUGUUACUCACAGAUUUUGGAUGUUAGGUCUUUUGACAGUAUGCCUCUCAUGUUUCACAUUUGUAAACAAAAUAUUAAUUGUGACAACAUACAGCGAAUGAUUACAAUGUAGUUAAAAAACUUUUUGUUUUGUUUCUCAAUUGGUUGUAUUGGAUGUUGAAUUAUAUAAAUUUAAAUAUUAAAAUGACAUUUAAGUUAGAUGCUAAUGUUAUCUUGUAAUGGUAAAGUAUAUCACGUUUAGCCAUCAUUUAUUAGUUAUUCUUACAAUGUAUGAAACCAAAUCACAUAAUGUGGCAGAAACUGUGAUCUUUAGUGUUUGCUGUUAAGUUGAUGUAAAAUUUGACUGUGUUAUGCUUCUGAAGUUUAUAAAUGUAAACACAUUUCUUCAUCUAAUUGAAAUAGCUUUUCAGUAGAUUAUUAGUCCUCACUCAAACAUUUGCUCAUUAAAACUGCAGGUUUAAUAAAAACAUAAUACUCGGUAGUAAAUAACUUACGUUUAAUUCAUUAUAAACCACUUAUCUCACUAUGUAGGCUACUCGAAUUUCAGAUAGAUUUAGUGAAAUUAUAGUUAUUUUAAAAUCAGACUACUAUGGGACCCACAAUGACGAAAUAGAACCAGUUUCAUAAGUAAAUCAUUACUUAGUUAUCCAGUAACACCCUAUCACACAAAUACUAGUCAAUUUUCAAUAAACAGGUCACAUAAAUUUUUAUUAUUCAUAACCACCAUAACACAUGUUGAAUGUAACAUAAAUGAAUUCAUUGAUUCAUCUUUCGGGUGAUUUGUGCAAAGCAACAAUGUGUUAGGUACUAAAAUAUGCAAUAUUUUUUCAUGCAAUGUAGUGGGAUCAGCUUUGAAUGUUAGGAACAAUCGUAGAAUGGUGGAUUGUAGUUGUUUGUAGUAGCAACCUUCGUAAAUAUAAAUAAUCAUGCCAAAGGCAUGCAAGCAAUAUGAUUACGAUACUGUUACAUGUAAGUACUGUUGUUAAAUUUUUUGAAUAUCUAGCUCUGCCGCAAGUCUCUCGUGAUUGUCAUCGUGGACAUUUAAUUAUGAGUACAAUUUCUAAUUGAGGGACCGUAUUAAUGAUAGUUAUCAUUCCUCCUAGAAACAGAGCAAUGUCUUCGAGAAUUUUCCAUUAUUUGGGAUCUUUGCUAAAAUUAUCGAAGAUUGCCUAGAUAAGUAUAAACUUUUAAAAAGAUUUUAUCAUGUUUCUAUGGAAUAAUGAUCACUAGUAUGAAUGUAGUCACUUCGAAAGUUUCUUUGGUUUAAAAUUGACUGUAGACCCAUCACAAAUAUUUGAU